GGCGUGUGAAUCUCAUCGGCGAGCACAUUGACUACGAGGGGUACGCGGUGCUGCCCAUGGCCAUUCACCUGGAUACCCUUGUCGCCAUCAGCUGUGCACGGACGCCAAGCACGGGGGCAUCUGCGUGUAAGGAUGACUCGCCUUUCCCGCCCCGCCUGCGCGUGGCGAACAUGGACCCCGCCAAGUACCCUGCCACUGGAGAAGUUGAUACAAACAACCACAGCUGGGGCAGCUACUUUCUUUGUGGAUACAAGGGCGUCUGGGACCACGUGCACGAGGCAGGGGGUAGAGAGGAACCAACUCUUGGACUUGAUGUGCUUGUGGAUGGCCGCGUGCCUCUUGGGUCUGGCCUGUCCAGCUCAGCUGCCCUCGUGUGCUCCUCUGCCAUCGCUGUCAUGGCCGCCCUUGGAUUUUCCUUCCCCAAGGCGGAGAUAGCUGACCUGGCAUGCCGCUGCGAGCGAUACAUCGGCACUCAGUCUGGCGGCAUGGACCAGGCCAUUUCCAUCUUUGGAGAGCGCGGCGUGGCGCAGCUGAUAGAGUUCAACCCCGUGAGGGCGCACCCGGUGCCGCUGCCGUCCGCCUCUGUCUUCGUGAUCGCCAACUCCCUGGCUGUCUCCAAGAAGGCCGAGACUGCCGCCACCAACUACAACCGCCGGGUUGUUGAGUGCCGCCUCGCCGCCAUGGUACUGGCAGUGCGGCUGGGAAUGGAGCCUGCCACAGCCCGCACCUCCAUCAGCACGCUGGCAGACGUGGACGCCCUCUGUGCUGCCAGCAGCGCGUCACCACAGCCACCAGACGAGCAUGCUGCGCUGGAUGCUGUGCGGCGCUGCCUGCAUACUGACCCGUACAGCGCGUGCGAGAUGGAGGCUCUUCUUCAAGCUCCACUUGCCUCUGUCUUUGCCGACUCACCAACCUCUCUCGCUGUCAUCGCUGCCGCCACCGAGUUCAAGUUACAACAGAGGGCUCUUCAUGUGUAUGCGGAAGCACAUCGCGUCUUUGCAUUCCGAGACGCUGCUCUCUCUGCACCGUCUGACUCCACUGCACCCGCCCUUUCAGCAGCCCCCUCUGUGCUGCUCUCUCUUGGCCGCCUUAUGGACGACAGCCAUGCCAGCUGCCGCGACCUCUAUGAGUGCAGGUGA